UUUUCUUCCUCCCAUUUUAUUACCCUUUCGGUAGUUGGGUAUCCUCGUCUCUCCUAUUUCCCUUUUAUAGAUUAAAAUAUCAAUAUAUUAAUAUAAUAGCCUCAUCAGUCCCCAUUCUCUCUCUCUCUCUCUCUCUCUCUCUCACUAAAGUCUUAAACGAGGGAUGAUGAUGGAGACGGAGAAGAGGGAAAGGCCCCCGAAGCCUCUCGCUUCUCCGACGACGACGGCCCCCAAACGAAUCAGGGUCCCGAUAUUUUGAUCAGGAUUCGGUCAUCCUUUCUCUUUCUGUGUUGGGGUGUGGCCCCAGCAUCUUUUCUCCUUCUGUUGAACAACAAUCUUGAAAUAGGUAAUCAAAUAAGUAGAUAAUGGGUGGUUGCUGUUGCUGUGCAUCAAGAAGAGCUGAAUCAGAUAGAUCGCCGGUAUACUUUUAUUGUCCGCGAGGGUUAGAGGAGAAUGAACCUUUAUCUGCCUCCCAUGUUAUGUCGACUGCAAUACCUGCUGGACUUCUUGUUGGUCCAAAUGUGGAUACAUCAAGUCCAGAUACUUAUCGAGCACCGCCUCCCCCAAUGCCUUACAAUGUUUCCUUCACGUGCUCACAAACUGUUCCCGGAAAUACUGAUAAUUGUGGCAACAAGCAAUCAGCAGAUCCAUUGUCAGCAGGUGGAACAACAAGUCCUGAUGAAGAUUUGAAAGUACUUGACUGCAAAACUAAAAGUGAUUAUCUGGUGGACUCUCCUAAAGCGAAAGAUGAAAAUUUGAAGUUGGAGACUAAAUCUGCAGCUAUGGAUGAGGAGGAUGUCUGCCCCACUUGCCUAGAAGAGUAUGACUCAGAGAACCCUCGCAUCACCACAAAAUGUGAGCAUCAUUUUCACCUUGCAUGUAUACUGGAAUGGAUGGAGAGGAGCAAUACUUGCCCCGUAUGUGAUCAGAUCAUGGAGAUUGAUGAAACCCGUCGAGAGUAGAUCUCCUUAUGUGCCGAAGCAAAGCUUGAUAGUCUUUUUAACCUGGCAGGGUUUAAUGCCAAGCCUGAAUUAAAGAACCAUAUAUGCUCGACCCUUUUCCAGGCACCCUCAGGCUGGAAUCUUGUUACUAUAACGGGAAGAUAAUCUUGUGAUGCCAGGUGAAAUUCUUUUACUACCUAAAAACAAAAGGGGGAGAUGGAAGGAAAAGGAAAUCAUAUGUUGUUAGAUGCAAUUUCUUCUUAAUGGAUAAUGUAAAUCCUGAUCUCUCUACUCUUUUAUACUUUCUUACGGUCUGGGGCAUGCGGGCGAGGUGAACAGCUGCUUUCUUAUAUAGUUUGUUUUUGCAAAGCUUCCUUUUCUGUCUGCUUUAGCUUUUGCCUUUUGUGCAUAUUAUAGUUUCCCAUAGGUGCGAGUGCUAAUAGGAAUUCUGGUGUCGUCUGUAUUUGUACGUCUAGUUUGUUCCUGCGAUUCCUCUGAUCAUUGUAAUGAUAAGUGCUUGAAUGAUAAA